AUCAAAUACUCACUCGCACACUCCAUUUCAGUUCGGGGACUAGAACCUACAUUGAUUGAUUUAGGGUUUGUGGGAAGGAGAAGAAGAAGAAGAUGAGCGAGGGAGGAAAACGACAGGGUGGUCGAGCGCUGCCUCCGCCUCCUCGAGGGCCUCCUCCUCCGCCUCCGUCUCGGCCGCGGCUGGAACCCGUGGAUCGCGAGAAGACCUGCCCCUUGCUCCUCCGUGUCUUCACCAAAAUCGGCUCUCACCACUCCAUGGAAGACUUCGCCGUCAGAGGCAAGGAGCCCAAGGACGAGGUCCAGAUUUACACAUGGAAGGACGCCACUCUCCGCGAACUCACCGAUCUCGUCAAAGAAGUCGCUCCCGCCGCCAGACGAAGGAACGCCAAGCUCUCCUUCGCCUUUGUCUUUCCCGACAAAAACGGCCGCUUCAAAGUCCAGGAGGUGGGUAAGACAUUAUCUUAUGGAAAUGGAAGAUUAGAUGAUAGCAAGGCUUUAGCUGAACUUGGUUUUGAGAUCGGUGACUACUUGGAUGUGGCUAUUCUGUAGGUUCUUGUGGAUAGCAUCACAACUGUAUUAUGUGUUUUGGGCUGCUUAUGUUUGAAGGCCUUGAAACACUGGGCUUAUUUCGGAGUAAAAAAGACUGUACUUAUGGAAGUGUUUAGCUGUUAGUGUUACAUGAACUAAAAAUGUCCCAGUUUCUUGGGUUGGAAAAAUGAUAGAUUGACGAUUUGAUUAGGCCAAGACCUAUUAUGCGAAUACUGGUUAAUGUCCUUA